AUUUCCUUCCUGUGGCUGUUUUACUCUCAUCUGAGCUCGUCUGAGCCGGCUAUUUUGUUAACUGGAGUUGUAGUAAAUACUAUAGUAGUAGUAGUAGUAGUAGUAGUAGUAGUAAUUCCUCUAGUAAAGAUAAUUUGUCACUGUUAAGCACUGUGACGACCGUACGUUUCGUCAGUGACAGUGGUUUUAGGCGCCUGGUGUGAAGACCAUAGAGCCAUCAUCGUUAUAUAUACAUACCUACUACAUGUCUCGCGGGCUUGUGGACUAUUUUGUUGUAUGUGGCCUCAGUGAAGAUGGACUCCAAGUCGAGCCCAGCUCAGGUCGUGUAGCAGGUGUCCCUCCAUUACAGCGUCAGUAUAGUAGUCGAAUCUUGUGCCAUUAUCCGUCAAGCAGGCACUGGAAUUGCUUUGAUGAAGGAGCCAUUAGAACACAAUGCAUGCCUGAAGGUGUACAACUAUCAAAGGAGCCCUCUCAUCAUUUUUCGUUUCACUCUCUUCUCAUUACGCGUGAGAACGGUUCCAGGCAAUACGGUAGUGUCCUCACCUACCACGAACCCGUCACUAAUCCUCUGAUCCUUGACGCUUUGGAGAGCCAUCAAAAUGAGUACCAGUCUCACUCCAGAGGCGGAUCAGACCUAAGCCAGUACUGGUACUUCAAUCGCUCUUCUGAUUCACUCUACGCUACCAAAUCCCUUUGUUUUAUAACCUCACUGCCAAUCUUUCAACCCACUCGCUCCUACCUCGAGCAAUUAUACGCAAUCAGUGUCGGUAAUGACAGGGGCUCCCUCCCAAUAGAGAGUUAUCUGUAUAAUCUAUUAUACGAAACCUCAUUACCUGGUCCCGGUGUAACGCUAAAGCUACAUGGACCUCUGGACCUCAUAACAUGGCGUCUUCCUGGAAACGAGGAGCUCCCGCUGUGUGAUUAUUCAUUUCGGGCGUUUUUCGAGUCGAUCAGUUUAAAGAACGUUUUGCAGCUGCUAACCUGUGUCCUAUUGGAGCAGCAGAUACUACUGAAAGCUAAUGAUUUUCAUCAGUUAAUGAUGUGUGCUGAGUGCAUUACUGCUCUCCUCUUUCCGUACGUGUGGCCUCAUGUUUUCGUUCCCAUACUCCCCUCGUCCCAGCAUGGGUUUCUGGAUGCGCCGGUCCCAUUCCUGAUGGGACUGAGAAUGAACACUGAUAGUAGUACGAGUGAAUUGGAUAUACUUAAUAAAGCUUCCUUAUCAUCAUUUGACUUGGACCACGACAGACUGGAUAUACCAGAAGACUUACCUCCUCUCCCAGACUCUGAUAAACUAUAUACAAGGUUAGCUGAUGUAUUGUUACAGUACGAGGUGAACUGUCCCGAAUCAGUCUCGGGAUCUUGUCCAUCUCCUCCUGAUAAAGGUGACAGGAAACACAGCAUUAUCGAUGCACUGAGAUUAGUAACAGAUCUACAGACCAAAGGUAGAGGAAUUGGAAAAGAGAAAUCCUCCAAUCCCCUAGUGACUGAGCUCCAGCGAAUCAUAUCACGUACAAAAACUACCGAAGGAGAGAUAGGGGGAGAAGACCAGACGAGAGUCUCUCCCACGACUGGACUACUCGAUACAGACCUCCCACUAACCGACGAAUCCACCGACACUUCAAAAGACUCUGAGUUCUCAGACUCCGUCCGUAACAUAUUUUGUAAUUAUUUUGUGGAGCAUUUCAUGAAUUACGAGCAGUUCAUUAUAAUGCCUGACCAGAGUUACCAGCAAUGGCUGAGAAACCGCGAGCAGUUCGAGAACUUUGAUAAGACGGCGUUUCUUUCCGACCAACCACAAUUCUCGAGGACUUUCUACAGUGCCUUUCUCGAGACGGCCAUGUUCACGCUGUUUAUUGAUCAGAAACUAAUAGCAACUUGGGACCCACCCGCCAGCGAUCGACACGUUGUCCUUUUUGAUAAAAUGAUAGAGAAACACAGACAGAAUAGCGGAAUGAUGACCACACCUUCUUCUGGUACCACACCCUCUGAUGCAAGAGACGCUGACAUUAGCAGUGGCGGGUUAGAAGUGGCUCCCAAGCCACACCUACUUAAUAAGCAAGUAGAUGGAUCCGCCUCGUCUGACCUAACUAACAAGGAGGGAAAGUUCCCACGUCUUGACUCCGCCUUAUUGAUACAGAAUGAGAGUGACAAGACUGAUUCCCAUACCAGUAGGAUUGAGAAUGAGUCCGGACAGCAAUCAACAAGACCUGAUGCUAAUAAGCCUCCUUCAACUGGAGGGAAUGGGAUCAGUACAACUCAAUAUCAUUUGAAAUUUGUAAUGCAGCUGUGGAGAGAAUCAAGGCUCAGAGUCAAACACAUGCUUGGGAGCAGCUCUGAGGCUCAGACUAACAAUAUCGAAGAGAAUACACACAUUGCUAAUCUCUGUGACCUCCUGGAGAGGAUAUGGGGACACGGAUUAAAGAAGAGAGAGAGUAAGUCUUCACUCUGGGCACACUUAAGAGCGUUUGGUGAGACUUUGUGUCACGAGGAGGAACCGAAACUCUCUCCUCCUCGUAGUGCUCUCUCUCGCUCUGUAACUCCCGACUCAUCACUCCCUCUAUCUCUGAACAGACACCAGCACUAUGAUGAAUCACAUUAUAGUCCAAGGAUGUUUAACCAGAUGUCACUUGAUGAAUCCUUUUCACCCUCUCCUUCCUCAAGACGACCUUCAACCCCGUCCUUAUUCCGAAGGAGAUUCCAAUCAUCAGAACUGAAGUCACUAGUAGGAGCAAUCCUACAGCCACCUCCCUCAACCUUCCUGGACGACUUAAAGAUUAUUAAUAAUAUGAGAGAGAUUAAGACUGAUGUAGGGCGUGCCAGAGCUUGGGUCAGGCUUUGUCUUGAGAAGAAGACUUUGUCACGUCAUUUAUCUCACCUUCUUUCAAACACAAACCUUACCAGACAAAGAUAUCGUAGCUAUGCUUUCUUGUUGACGGAUGAUGAAAAGGAGCAGUUUCUCCUUCACCUUCUUUCUCUCUCAGCCGGUGACUUCAACUGCUUCUCGUCUGCCUUCACCAACACAACAAUGUCUUAUAGAGUGUUGGUAGUCAGUGAAGGCAAGUAUCUUGGAUUGAGCAGUGCUUGUCUUUAUGUUAAAGUCGGAGGCGAAGGAGGCGACUCUGAUACUGUUGCUAUUCCUAGGGGAAACUAUCAGGUUGAAUUCUCAUGUCGCAAUUUGGGACCACUGACAUGCGUAAGGUUAAGUCAUGAUAAUUCGGGUUUGGUGAGGAGCUUGUUCGUAGAGAUGGUACUGGUACAUUGUAUCACCACUGGACAAACAUACAGAUUCAAUUGUGGUAGAUAUUUUGCUCGAGCUGAGGACGAUGGCUCCAUCGACCGAUUCAUUACCGGAGAGAAACUAUCAAGGACUCUUAAAGGCUCCAUCAGUACUAGCGCACUAGGUGUUGAAGAUGUUCUACCAACCAGUAAAUUGAAUCGAUCCCCAAAGAAAGAUCUAACAGGAGAGAAACUUAUGCUGUCUGACAUCAAAGGGACCAUAACAUCAAGCGUCAGUAAACUGAUUGUUAUUUGUGAUAACAAUAGCAAAGAAACACAAAGAUCAAAGUUACUUCCAUUACUUUAUGGAAAUAAAGGUUUUGUCAAAGCAAUAGAAAAUGCUUUUCAGCUUGGAUACAAAUGUACAAGGAAGUUCCACAAGCCUCUCUACAUCUGGGAUCACAUAGAGCGUGUUUCAAUGACUGAAGCAGCUGCAAGACAAGAGGAAACGGACGGAGGAGAGGAAGGACCAAAGAGUCCAUUACCAAGUUACCUAUCCAUUGUAUCAAAGAUUAAUGGCCUUGCUAGUAUAGGGAAAGAGGAGAAAGCAAUGCUGUUCUUCUUGAUUGGUUUAAGAGAUCACGUCUUGAGUGACUGGAUACAAAUAAUAACGUCUUCAUCAUCAACGGAACUUAUGUAUGAUCCGGUGUCUUUUCUACGUGAUCCAGAGCUCAUUAGCUUUCUCCUUGACACAAUAAACUGGACCAAAGACACUUCCCUCACUCUAGAGCCUUUGUUUGCUCAAGGGCUGUAGACCUAACUUGUGUAUAAUUAAAAGAUCAUUCGCCAUGGUAUUUUGUUUAAUUUUUUGUGACCCUGAAUUUUUUGUGUAUCAUGUAUAAUGACCAAUUUAAUUUGUGAUAAUCAAUAACAACAUAAA